AUGCUGCUGAUUAGCCGCAAACGCGAGGUCUCCACCAACCGUGUGCUGGCCUUUGUCAAGCGCCUGGCCUCCGUCUGUGUAGCAGUUAGUGACACGGCCUGUUUAAGCUCAAUGCUGGUCAGUCUACUGAAGUUCAUUACCCUUUUCCCCAAAUGUGAAGUCCUCUUCGACUCGGAAACAGAGAUCGGUGGUGUCUACGAUCCUGAGGCCGGUGACCCGGAGCUGUGUCGUCCAACCAGUGCGGUCCUCUGGGAACUGCAAAUUUUGCGAAACCACGAAUCAGCCACCGUAAGUGUAUCAUCAGGAACAGUAUUUUGGCAGAGAUUAUUGCUUUGA